AUGGAUGAAGCAGUGGUCCAGGACCUCUACGACUCUUGCACAGGGCUGGGCGACUACCACAAGGUUGAGCAAGGGAAGCUCAAAUACUUGUACCGUCAGAAAGAUGAGUGCCUGAACUCCUUGCGGGACCUGCACGGGGCAUUGCAGCAGGAUAGCCCUGAGACUGGCUACAUCAUCAGGCACAAGCUUGGCGAAUGGAAGGUGGUCUCGCAGCGCAUCAUUCCGCUGUUCAUCAGCUAUCACAAGGAGCCAGAGGUCGCCACCGGCGUUGUGAAGCUGUUGCUUCUUCUGACGACUCGAGUAGGCCUCUACGGCGCCGAGGAGUUGGAGCACUUGCGGCAUUUGCAGGACUACAAAGAGGCCUUCUCCAAGUCGGAUGUCUUCGCGAUUCUGGUUCGACUCCUCCUGGAUGCGAUGGAAGAGGAGUUGGAGCUAAUCGGGAGUUCUUCAAGGAAGUCCUGA